AUGGCUGCCUGCGCCACUCACUCCUCUCUCAUGCUAGCAUACGCCGCAUCCACUCGUUCCCAGGACCUUACCCUUCCAUCUCUUUUCCCCUUUGCCAACCCCAGACCCAACAACUUGGGCGUCGCUCUCUAUCCCCCGCUUCUUCUCCUUGGGGGGAGAAGUUAUGCUGCUAUUGACAGAGGUUCCAACCGAUCUUUCCCGGUAGUUGUCUCCGCCGUCGCCGCAGAUGCUGACGUCGACACGGAGGAGAAUGAAAUUGGGGAAGCCACCGCCACCGCCACCGCCACCGCCACUGCCGUGCUUGAUCCGCCCAAGCCAAAGAAAGGAAAAGCCGCUUUGCUUCUGAAGAGGGAUAGAACAAGGUCUAAGAGGUUUUUGGAAAUCCAAAAGCUAAGGGAAACCAAAAAGGAGUAUGACGUCAAGACUGCUAUAUCUUUGCUUAAGCAAACCGCAAACACAAGGUUUGUGGAGUCGGUAGAAGCCCAUUUCCGUCUCAACAUCGAUCCCAAGUACAAUGAUCAGCAGCUGCGGGCAACGGUGAGCCUUCCUAAGGGAACAGGGCAGACUGUUAAAGUGGCUGUUCUUGCACAAGGUGAGAAGGUCGAUGAAGCCAAAAAUGCAGGGGCGGAUAUUGUGGGUAGUGAUGAUUUGAUCGAACAGAUCAAAGGAGGGUUCAUGGAGUUUGACAAGUUAAUUGCAUCCCCGGAUAUGAUGGUCAAGGUUGCUGGCCUGGGAAAGAUUCUUGGCCCACGGGGGCUCAUGCCAAACCCCAAGGCUGGUACCGUCACAGCUAACAUUCCUCAGGCCAUAGAAGAGUUCAAGAAGGGGAAAGUGGAAUUCAGAGCAGACAAAACUGGGAUCGUUCACAUUCCCUUUGGGAAAGUCAAUUUUGCAGAGGAAGACCUGCUCAUAAACUUCCUUGCAGCAGUGAAAUCGGUGGAGACAAACAAGCCAAAGGGAGCCAAAGGAGUGUACUGGAAAAGCGCCCACGUUUGCUCCUCAAUGGGGCCGUCCAUCAAGUUGAACAUAAGGGAGAUGAUAGACUUCAAGCCUGCAGCUGGGAACUAA